AUAUACUUUAUACAACAUGGACGUCAUUGUCAACGUCGCAGAAAAGAGCACCGAGCAAUUCAUUCAAUUCUUUUAUCCUAAUUACGAUACACAACGCCAAAAUCUUGGAAAUUUAUACCGUGAAACUUCUGCAAUUUUAUGGAAUGGUAACGCAUUUGGAGCCCAACAGUAUUCUGAAUUUUUAGGCCGUUUACCAUUAUCUCACCAUGAAGUGGAUGUAUACGAUUGCCAUCCUCUCACAGCUACAAUGAAUGCACAAGGCUCUUGUGGCAUUCUGAUCAAUAUUGCAGGCACUGUAAAGUACGGUGAUAACCCCUCCAAGCGUACAUUUUCACAGACCUUUAUUCUGAUGCCAGAUGAAAAACAAGCAGGAAACUAUUAUGUUCAGAGUGAUAAUUUCAGAUUUGUUUAAAAAAAAAAUAAAGAUAAAAAGAUCCAAAAAAAAAAAAAAAAUGUAUAUAACAAAGAAACCUACAUCAAAAUCGAAACCUUUUUUUUCCUCUUUUUUUUUUAUGAAAAAAUAAAUACCAGCAUUCGAAUAUU